AUGAAUGAUUUCGUCCGCCAAGCCACUGAGGCAUUUGUAACAGAUUUGGAUAGAGUAAACUCAAUCGCAAGUCAAAAACUCCUUAGUAACCCAAUAAGUGUAUGCCAGCGACGCAUAUGCCAUCGGCAGCGGCGAUUGCAGGAAUACGAAUCGAACCUUCGUAGACGUAGCACCCCACCACCCAUUUCAUUUUCGGCUUCCUCCCGCCGAGCGAUUCAUUAUUUAGACUGCCUACCUGUUUCCACAGUUCGCGUUCGAAAUUUUAAUCAGCCUGUUCUGACAGAAAAUAGCCCUCAAGAAUGGCAAUUUUUAACUUGCAGUUCCUUUUCUGAUAGUUCCUCGGAUAAAACUCCCAAUGCUGCCGACAGUGGCUCAAAAUAUGCAGGUUCAUCAAAAAUGUCAGACAGUGUGCUUGAGUAUUCCCUUUGCAUAGAGCGCAAUACUGAAUGUCGCAUGCGACAUUUGAUACCACUGCAGCCCUUGUGUGUUGGACCUAAUGGCCGAAAGCCGGAGUGUGACAUUUGUUUGUGUUAUGUCACAAUGACUGUUCCUUGUGUACAAAACCCUAUAGCAGAAUACGAGACGGGGCACAAGCUGCGACAUCUGCCAUGCGGCCACGGCUUCCAUCGAGAGUGCAUUGAUACAUGGCUGGGAACGGCGGAAACUUGUCCUAAGUGUCGCAAAAAUGUGGUGGGCUGUCUGCGCCGCCUGCAAACGAAGGAGGCUCACAUGCGCUCUCAGUCUCUCGGUAAACCACUUCCUUCUCUUCGCGCUCCCUCAGCUGUCACAGGUGGCACCGCCAAUUCCUCAGUGCGCUUCCCACAUCCCCUCUUGAAUUGA